UUCUCAUCAGUCAGCGACAUUUGACAUUUUCUUCAGUAUGCCGAAACAGGUAAUAAAGAUCCGGUACCGUUAAGUAAAUUUCAGUCAUUAUACCAAUAAAAGCAUAACUAUAAAUUAACUAUAAGUAACUAUGCCAUCUCAAGAAAUAGGAUUACCUAUUCCCAAUAUCCCACAUGCAGUCUCGGUGACUUUACCAACUUGGGAAGCUACUGUAGGUUAUGAAGAAGGUGAAGAUUGGGUAGUUAGUAAAAUGUUAACAGGGUAUCCAAGAUUUUUCAUUCAUUCAGUUAUUAAGAAAUUAGCUUUAAAAAUUGAAAAUAAAUAUGGUAGAGAUGGUGAAAGAUGUUUAAUAUUCCCCUCUUAUAAAGUUGCAAAAAGAUGUCGAGAAUUUAUUCAAUCUCAUACAGAAUUAAAUAAUUUAAAAGUUCGAGUAUUACAAUUAAGUACUCCACCUCCAAGUAAUGAAGAAGAAAAAUCAACUAUAAUUCAAUCAACUAUUGGAGUUGUAUUUUUUCCAAUAAGUCAAUUUCCUUUAGCAAAAAAUUAUUGGCAACAUUCUGGUGAAGGUAUAAGUUCAAGAAUGGGAGAAUAUGUUUUAAAAGCUUUAUUUCAUGAUGGAAUUGAUUCUCCAAAUAAUUCAUCAAAUAAUAAUAAUUUAGGAGCUGCAAGACAAGAAUUACAAGCUCAACAAAUUCAACGUAAAUCUCCUUCAAUUUCUGCAUCUUUUAGAUCUCCAAGUGUAUCAGCUCGUGAAGAAGUUGAAAAUGAAUUUAAUACAUUUAUUGAACAAAAAUUUGGUAGAGUUCUUGAUUUAAAAUUUGCAAAUGAAGCUAAAAUUGCUUUAAGAAGAAGAAUUUCUGGUAAAGUUGAUAAAUCUCAUAGUCAAAAGGAAGAAAUGGAAAAGGCUCGUAGAGGUAAAAAUGUUAGUGAAACUGAUGUUUAUUUAUUUCCAUCAGGUAUGGCAUCAAUAUUUUUCUCUCAUUAUGCUUUAUUAAAUAUUUCUAAACAACCAAAGAAAUCAGUAUGUUUUGGAUUUCCUUAUGUUGAUACCCUUAAUAUUCUUAAAAAAUUUGGUCCAGGAGUUCAUUUCUUAGGUUUAGGUGAUGAUAUUGCCUUAGAUGAAUUAGAAGAAAAAUUAGAAUCAGGUGAAUUUAAUAUAAUGGCAUUAUUUUGUGAAUGUCCUUCAAAUCCAUUAUUAAAAACUCCAAAUUUAAAAAGACUUAGAAAACUUGCUGAUAAAUUUAAUUUUGCUAUAGUUAUUGAUGAAACAGUUGGAAAUUUUUUAAAUAUUCAUGUAUUACCAUAUGCUGAUAUAGUUGCAUCAUCUUUAACUAAAGUAUUUUCAGGAGAUUCUAAUGUAUUAGCUGGAUCAAUUGUAUUAAAUCCUUUAUCUCCAUUAUAUUCAUCAUUAAAGAAAUUCUUUGAUAAUGAAUAUGAAGAUUUAUUUUGGGCAGAAGAUGCUUUAUGGUUAGAAAGAAAUUCUCGAGAUUUUACUGAAAGAGCUACAAGAAUUGAUCAAACAGCUUUAAAAGUAUUUGAAUUAUUACAAAAUUCUUCAAUUAUAUCUAAAGUUUAUUAUCCAUAUAUUAGUAAUUCAAGAAAAUAUUAUGAAGAAAUAAAAACUCCUAAUGGAGGUUAUGGAGGAUUAAUGUCAUUCCUUUUUCAUAAUCCAAGUCAUGCAGUAAGUUUCUUUAAUGCAGUAAAUUUACAUAAAGGUCCAUCAUUAGGUACUAAUUUUACAUUAGCUUGUCCAUAUGCAAUUUUAGCUCAUUAUCAAGAGUUAGAUGAAGUAGCUAAAUGGGAAGUUGAUCGUAAUUUAAUUAGAAUUAGUAUUGGAUUAGAAAAUCAAGAAGAAUUAUUACAAAUAUUACAAAGUAGUUUAGAUAUAGCUGCGGCUUCAGCUUAACCUUAAGCUUAACCUUAGACAUUUAUUACAAGUAUUUUU